AUGGCUUUUCAACGACCAGUAGCAGACUCAAAAACCAUUCCACUAAAAAUAUUGGUGGACAAACAAAGAAACAAAGUUGUUUUUGUCGAAACAACUAAAGACUUUGUUGACACUCUCUUCAGCUUCCUCUCUCUUCCUCUUGCCACCAUUGUUGGUCUUUUAGAAACAAAUAACAAUGACCAACAACAAUCGGAGUCAACACCUUUCCUAGACAACAUAAGAAAUCUCUACCAAUCCGUCCAAAACCUCGACUCGGACGAUGUUUGGAACAACUCUCUGUGCAAACAAAUAUUGCUGCGUCCGAAGAAUCCUUGUGAAUCCCUUUGCUUGAAGUUGUUCAUGAAUAUUGAUGACACUGUUGUACUAACACCUAAGUUAUUUGUUUGUGAUUCUUGCUGCAAGUUCACUACUUUUUCUAAUAUUGAUUGUACAUGUGGAAAGUCACCUAAUAAAGAGCCUCGGAAUUUGGAUAUUCAGAAUCAGAAUAGUGCCGAAGAUGGUGUAAUCGUUAGAGAAAAAGGAUCAAUGUUUCUGAUUUCAGAUGAUUUGAAGAUUGUCUCGAGUUCCAUGUUGAGUUCCUUAUUGAUGUUGAUCAACGUGGGCUAUUCAGACUUGACUCAAUUAGAGGAAAUCACACACAACAUUGCCAAGCAUGAGAUAAUAAACCUUCUCAAAUAUACAUUAAUAUCCAACGAACCUCUCACAAAUACAAUCCUGGCAAGUAACUCCAAAAACAAGGACAACAAACCUAACCAUUUUGCGUCCGCAGUUAGAGCAACUCCUUUUGCUAGCGACAUCACCAGUAAAAUAGAUGUUAAAGUAAUGCAAAGCAAGACUCGGAAAGAUAUAAUUUGUGCAGAAGCCGAUGGAGAUUUUGUGGACUUCAUUUUUAGUUUCCUUACCAUGCCAUUAGGGUCCAUAGUAAAGCGUUUGGGAGUUAACUCUUUUUCCGGAUGUGUUGGUAAUUUGUAUGAGAGUGUGAAGAGCUUUGAUCCGACUUCAGUGUUACUCAAUCCUGGCUUAGUACGACAAUUUAGUUGUCCAAACCAUCCUCUCAAUUUUCCCAAUGUACUACCACCACCCACUACAUAUUAUUAUGGUCAAAAUCAAAAGAGGGCUCAUUAUUAUGAAACAAAAGGAGUGAUUUCUAAAUCACAUGAAUCAAUUCUUAAUGCUAAAUCCUUGAUUUCACUUGACCCGUGGCCCCUCAACAUGUCAAAAGAAGGUGUUGUGGGAUUUGUGAAAAGAGAUGCAUUAUAUGGUGUAGGAGAUGAUCUUAAAGUAAAAAAAGUUUCGGCUAAUUUUUGCUUUUCGUAUCUGAAAGAACUGAACCUUUCUCUUGAUGAUCUUGAAGUGAAGCUGAUAAGUAUUGGUGAAGUUGAGGCUUUGAGCCUCCUAGGAGCUUGCGUGACAUCAAACUUUACCUUGACAAGUGGACUCAAAGACUUCUUAAAUCCAGUGAACAACCCAGUUGGUUAA